AUCCCACUCCUUACCCCACCCUAAACCCCUCCCUCCCUGCCUGGCGCGCGGAGAUGGGGAGAGAAGUUUGCCUGCGGCUCGGUCCACCGAACAUUCGCUGUGUUUUCGUAUCAGGGGAAACAGUGAGGAGACUUCUGCUUCCCGGGGAAUGCUGAGGAAUACCCGCUUUGAGUGAUACAGACACGACCGAAGGGGGGCAUUUAGCGGGGGAUUCAUGAGGCAAAACUAAAAGUGAAGGAAGCUCGGGUCAGUGGGACAGCGGGCGCGCGCGCGGACUGCCGUCUUGUCGAAUCCAAGCGAGGAGGACAGACCGAGACCAGAAGACGACCGUCCCGAGCGAGAGCGACACCAGUCCGGCUCAGAAUGAACAACAACAAAAUCGAGAAGGAGAACGACCAGACUGAAUUCACCAACCACGAAGAGGAGGUCCGAACACUAUUUGUCAGUGGACUACCACUGGAUAUUAAACCGCGGGAGCUGUAUCUCCUCUUCAGACCAUUUAAGGGCUAUGAAGGCUCCUUGAUUAAACUUACUUCCAAACAGCCGGUGGGGUUUGUCAGCUUUGACAGUCGAUCAGAGGCGGAGGCUGCCAAGAAUGCCUUGAACGGCGUCCGUUUCGAUCCAGAGAUUCCCCAAACCUUGCGGCUGGAGUUCGCCAAGGCCAACACCAAAAUGGCCAAAAACAAGCUGGUCGGGACUCCCAACCCCCCUCCAUCGCAGCAAAGCCCCGGGCCGCAGUUCAUUAGCAGAGAUCCAUAUCUUUUCUUUGCCAGAGAAGGGGUGGUACUUGGUGCCUCAGAGGGAAAUGGAAGGAAGCGGUUAAUGAAACCAUGACGUAAUCACCAGGAGAGAAAUUGCUGUCAUUUCCUGUUAAGACAUGUUUAAAUCCGAUUUUUUUUUUUUUUUUGUCUGAUCAUGCUUGGAUAAACAGUCACCGGGAGACAUGGAGAGCACAGGAAAUCCUCCUUUAAAAAUCUACGACUUAUCUGAUGUUUUCUCCAAUAAGUUGUCGUGAUUUUCUGCGUUCUGACGUGUGCACUUGCCUUGUACCACUUAGCACCACCUUCUUCACUCCAGCACUUUUUGUUAUCACCAUCACUUCGCACUUAUCUGGUAAAUCAGCACGUCUGAGGUGGUUUCCUCUGAAUCUUUUGAUCCACGUCAGAAAUUAAUUUCUUCGGUAGUUCGUGGGUAUGAAACCACACGUGGACUCUUCAGCUCAAAAACAAGGGUUUCCAAUCGCUUGCAAGUGAACUUUGGUUUGGUUCACUACAGUAUGACAACAAACACAAAGAACAUAAGUGAGCUAAAGAGAGCCACAAAAGUGACAUAAAAAUUGCAGAUUUUCAGGGAAAUAUUUGGCCUACAGUGCAAAUCAGAAGAAAUAAAAACAACAUAAAAACUGGAGUAUCUACGAUAAGUACUGAAGGUGUCAAAGUACAGUUGCUUAUCAGUAAAUGAUCAGAGGAUGAGCAGGACUAGCUUGUUAUUCCUUCCUGGUUAGGGAUGACUUUAGUUAAGACUAUUUAAGCAGUUGUUUGAACUUCAUAAUAUUUCUAUUUUUUCUCCUAGUAUCCCAACGUGAAAAAACAACUCAGUAUUUUUUUUUUAAGUAAAAUUUCAGGUUUUUUUUAUAUUUUACGAAGUCCUCAUCUUCCAUUUCUAAAUUUUGACACCAACCAGAAAGUAGUAAAGGUUGCAGUUCCUAAAAGGGCCACUAGAGGCUGGUUUCAAAAGGCAAUAAAAUUGUAUUGGCUACUAACUUAAGAACUCUACACCAAAAAUAAAUCUAUUUAUUUGGAUUAGAUACAAUCUUUCAAUGUUUCUCUCUUAUUCCAUGAUAAACUAGUCACUUUUUGAUUUAAAAACAUGUCCUUUCUUUUUGUUGGAAUGUGGUUGGACCCAGAGAUUUCCUUUUUACUUUGUCCCGCCCACUUGGCUAUUUUUGUCAUGUUGUUGGUUUUGGGCGGAGCAAUGAGCCCAUCCCACUUCAGGCUUCAUUUAUCAGAUUAUACCCCCAGAGAUUGUAUGUUUGGACUAGGAUGUAGCCAAGUUCGUUAAAAAAAAGAAAAAA